ACGUUUCAAGUGAACCUCAUGCUAAUUAUCUUCAGCUCUCUCGACAAGAGAGCAGCACGGGUUGCCGUGUUGUCAGAAACGAUAAAAACGUACAUUUUUGGGAGAUGUGAUUGGAGGGUUGCGUUUGUUUGAAGUGUGGUUGUCAUUCUUGAGGGUGUUAUGCAUAGAAAACGAGAAAAGGAUGGAAAAAGCAAGUAAAGCCCUUAGAAGGAGUAGUGUGAGGUUGAAAUCAAUGAGUAGUGGUUACCAGGAGCUCAGCAUGGUUAUUUCAGAGCUCCGAGGCGUGCGGUCAACAGCAAAAGCCUUUGCAGAGGCCCAGUGCUCUGCUGCACAGGACAUGUUAAAAUGGUCCUUGACUGAAGAAAAUCCAGCCAUUCGAGAUACCUUUUUUCAACUCUCAGAGCUUAGUGCAUUGUGGACAGAGGUUCAAAAGGAAUUUGCAGAUCAUUUAAAAGAGUUUGUAAUCCAGUUUGAAAUGAUUCUUGAAGGCGAACAUCAUGUAGACCAAGCGAGAACCCAUGUUGCAGCAAGUGAACGGAGAGCAGUGAAAAUAAAGAAUAAACUUAACAAGGCUUCGAAACGAGGGAAUGUAGAAGAAACUCGGCAACUGGAAAUGAAACUAACUGAAGCAAAGGAUUCGUGUGAUCUGGCACAGAUCGAAAUGUCAGACCGCAUACAAGAAAAUGAAGGUGUCAAGUUAAUUAGAGUUAAAGAGGGUUUACUGAAACUUUCUGAUUCUUAUCUGGAAUUAGCACAUAAAUGUCAUAUAAUUCAUGAAGCUCAUCGAGACAUUGCAUACCAGAUACCAGAUGUUCACAACAAAGAAUUACAUGAAAUAACAUAUGCAGGCCCAGAACUGUCAAAACAAGCUGUUUUGACAGCAAAAGAUCGAGUGCGUCUCUACAAUCGGCAUGCUGAACAUGCAGGUGCACCAGUUCAUGAAGGCCCUCCCCCGCCCUACUCACCACCUAGAGAUCUCUGUAACACUACUCCUUACAACCCCUAUUAUACACAUCCUUUCUAUAUCAGCCCUCAUACAUUUGGAUCACAUGAAACUAAUGAUGAAAAUUCUAGCAAUAGGUUGUUAGAUUCUGAUACUCAGACACACUUACCUACCAAUCCUGAUGUCACAAGACACUCUGAUUAUGAAGACGAUUUGGCUGGUGCAGUUGGUAGCAUGAAGCCAUGACAAUAAAACUCUACAUGAACCAGUAACAUUGUAAACAAGAUGAAAAUUUACAAAUCUUCUCAUGAUUUUCAAGCAUUCAGAUGGAGAAACCUUAAAUUAGCCCUUGAAAAACAGAGUUUUGCUUGAGAAUGACAGUUAUAAUAUGCUUUGCUAGGCAAGAGCAGAAGAUGCCUAACUGUAGUGAAAUCCCUUUUGGUAUUAAAAUGAUAUUUUUUUAAAAGUGUAUCAGCUUACACUGGAUUAAACAUACGAUAGAACUGAGCAUCAGAGCAUAUUAGCAUCUCAGUAGGCAUGUGUGAAAUGAAUUUAUUCUUGAAGAAUGCAUAAACAGGGGCAAAAAUUUCUCCUUUCAGAAUUCUUUCCAAAAUGUAUAUCAGUUUAAUGGGAAAUAUGUUUAUACCAACAAUUUUAAUUUUAAGUAUAUGUAGUAUUAACAACCAAUGGCAGGUUAAUAAUGGCAUUGUAAAACAGGAAAAAAUUUCUCCUUUCAGAAUUCUUUCCAAAAUGUAUAUCAGUUUAAUGGAAAAUGUGUUUACACCAACAAUUUUAAUUUUAAUUAUAUGUAGUAUUAACAACCAAUGGCAGGUUAAUAAUGGCAUUGUAAAACUGGAUCCAAUUCCCAAUGAAUUUUAAUAGCAUUACCAUAUUAGUAAUUUAAAUCUUUUCUUUUAGUAAACUACGACCACCUGAAGAUGAUGUAGGGGAAAACAUCUCAUGGUACUAUAAAGAAUAAAUAACUACUACUCUGUUGUUACAUGAUGUACAAGUGAUUUGUUGUGAUGAUGGAUAUGAGAUACUUGUAUUAUGGUCAUACAAACAGAUUCAAAUAUAAUGGCUACUAUAUGUAGUCUUUUCAGUAA